AUAAAUAUUUUUCUUUUUUCUUACAAAUUUUCCUAGUUGAUUAAAUGCUGCUUGUUCAUAUCUCCAAUCUCAGUUAGCCAACAUGCAGGUUUAGAUUAAAGCCGUGGAAAGCCAUAAAAAUGAUAAACGAAAAAAGGGAUUGGAAUACUGGACCAGCUGCUCCAUAUGCUCUGUCAUCUCUUGCAAUCUCUCCAUGUUUAAACACUCAAUUGCUCCUGAUCUUUCUGUACAGAGUUGAAAACGUCAAGAUGAAUAUAUGUUUAAAAGCGCAUUGAGUUAGACACAUUGACACAGCUCAGAUAAAGAGAGGCCUCCUGCUGACAAACAGGCCUCUGAUUGGCUGGACUGUGUGUGAAAUGGUCGACUUAGAGCCUAGAAUGAAUUUCUGCAGAGCAGGGAUGUUUUAAAUUGUGGCACAGUUGGUGCGGUCUGAGAAAAUUCAUAUUGCAAUGCUCUCGUCUGUUUGAGCUUCAUUCAAAUGUCAUGUAAACCCAUCAGUUCCCUGACCUUUUAUUUAAUGGCCUCUUAUAAUUUUUAAAACCUUUUUUCUUCUUCCCUACUGUUACAGGCUUGACGACAUCAUGUCCAGAUAUCACUCCCCUCCUUUCCAGACCCUUUCCUUCCUUCUUCUUUUCCUCUUUACCCUCUUCCCUCUCUCCCGUCUUUCUCCAAUACUUUCUCAAUCUCCUCUCAGUUGGACCUCUCCACAUGACCCCUGUUACCACCUGGAUGGGCGUCCACGCCACUGCCUGUCUGAAUUCAUCAAUACAGCUUAUGGGGUGCCCGUGACAAUGGAGGACCUCCAGCAAGGACCCAAGACAAACAUUAGCACUUUAACAGAUCUUCAUAACCCCCACAAUCUGACAUGCUGGACAGCUUCAGAAGGCUCCACUGGUGGGGAUUGGACUUUGAUGGUUCCCCUAGGAAGACGUUUUGAAAUCACAUACAUUAGUCUUCAGUUUUGUCAACAGGUGGAAUUGGUGGAGUCCUACUCCAUUACUAUCUUAAAGUCAAUGGACUUUGGCCAGAGUUGGCGCCCCCUACAGUUUUAUUCAAAUGACUGUGUGGGCACAUUUGGGCGACCUGCACAGUCAACUGCUCUGACAAAACACCAGGAGACGGAGCCACUUUGUUCAGAUCCCAAACCACUGCAGAAACAUCGUGGAAAUAUUGUGCUGGCUUUCUCAACUUUGGACGGACGUCCUUCCUCGCCAGACUUUGACUACAGUCCUGGACUACAAGAUUGGGUAACUGCAACAGACAUAAAGAUAGUAUUUCAUCAAUCAACUGACAAAAUGAAAAAGCAAGAGGAGAAAAUGAAUGAAGUGGGAGGCACAUACAGAUGGAGAGAAAGAGGAGACAAAGCUUUGAGGUUUGGAGAGAAAAACACUGGCACCAAAACAUCUGAUGUUUGGGGAAAUAGUCGAGAAAAACAGACUUCAACACAGAGGAUUAAGAAUAAAAGCACAGUGCUGCAAAGCGGCCACAAUGUUACCCGAAAGGAGAUGGGAACUCAAGGUAGAGUGGGAAGAGGCCAUAGAAAAGACAAUAACAGGCCAUGCCAGGAUGGCACAUGUGAUCGAUCCCUAAAUAUCCAACAGCAGAGCUCCAAGGGGAGAGAGUUGAGGAGAAGAAGAAACAAUGGUGGAAGGGGGAAGUCCCAGUCUAAACAAAGAAAAAAUGGCUCACGCCAGCUUGUCCCUUCAUCUCUUUAUGCCCCAACGAAACCUGCACUUGCACUUUCGGACCUGCAGGUUGGAGGCAGGUGCAAGUGCAAUGGCCAUGCCUCUCAUUGUCGUCGUGACAACCAGGGGCAUGCCGUGUGUCAGUGUGAACAUCACACAUCUGGGCCAGAUUGUGACAUGUGUGAGCAAUUCUUUUAUGAUCGUCCAUGGCAACGAGCCACACCCAGCCAACCACACCCGUGCGUCCCAUGUGAAUGUAACGGUCACUCUAAUAAGUGUAGGUUCAGUAUGGCCGUGUAUCAGCAGUCUGGUCGAGUCAGUGGAGGUGUUUGUCUGAAAUGCCGGCAUCACACUACAGGGCGUCACUGCCAGUUCUGCCAAAACGGAUACAUGCGUGACCACAGCAAAGCACUCAAUCACCGCAAGGCCUGCCAGCCAUGCCAGUGUCACCCGGUGGGUGCAGUGGGUCGCUGGUGUAACCAGUCCACUGGGCAGUGUUUGUGUAGAGAAGGAGUCAUAGGACAGAGGUGUAACCGGUGCGCCCCGGGGUACAAGCAAGGCCACUCCCCGCUCCGGCCAUGCAUCCGUAUUCAGGAGGUUGCACCACCCACCCCUGUAUACCAGCCGCAGUACAGCAUUGGUGAAGAGUGUGUUUCAUAUUGUCCGCCUUCCCAAGCAAGAGUCAGAAUGAAUUUAGAAACAUACUGUCUCAAGGAUUAUGUAUUGAAGGUGCAGGUCAAAAGUAAGGAACGCUCUGGUCCCUGGUGGCAGUUUUCCAUACUGGUGCAGUCAGUUUUUCGCAUGGGCUCUUCACAUGUAAAGCGAGGCCUUCAGGCCCUUUGGGUUCCAGAUCGGGAUGUGAGCUGUGGCUGCCCUGCUCUUCAGAUGGGCCGAAUCUUUCUCCUGAUCGGUGCAGAGGAAAGCAGGCGUAGUUGGGUCCCUGAGGAAAGGAGAUUAGUCGCAGACCGAACUACGUUGGCUUUGCAAUGGAGAGAACACUGGAGCCCUAAAUUAAGAGGCUUCCGCGGGCAGGACACCCGAGGGAAGUGCUCACAGGGAAACACCACUGCACAGAAACCUUCUCACUCAAACUCUUAUGAGGAAUACACACCUCCACAUCUUGACAAACUACAGUCUGUACCAAGCAGACCACAUAAACAUACACACAUGGCACAUAAGCAGCAUCAUUUAACACCACAAUCAGGAUCAGAGCACACACACAAUCAAAGGGGGACUCAGGACAUACAAGGAAAAAACACAGAAACGCACCUUGAGAAGGACCAUAAGGCUGAAAACGUCACACUGAGCUCCUCUCAGGAAACACAGGAUCCCCUUUCAGGUACUUCAAAGACGAGUCAGGCCAAUGAGCGUGAGCGGUACUAUCCAACAGCAUGUCCAACUUGGACACCUGGGCCACCUGUCUGACAGAAUCAGGCAUUAUGAACAGAAAUACAAAUGAUAUUAAAUAAUGACUGGAGUCAGUCAGUGAGGUAAAUUAAUGGUUGUUUGAAAUAGGCUGUAUCCUAUAAGGGCUUCUCAAACUGUGCUAAGCCCUGCAUUUAACCCUGGGUAGAAAACAUUUCAGUUGUAUUUUUAGAAGAAGGGCAGAAACAUUUUACCCAGGGUUAUCAAACCCUGCGAUGGUACAGGGUUAGCAGUGCUUUUACUAUGUUCCAGCUAAAUGUUUAGCAACCUAAAGCCAAUAAAAUUUCUCAUAGUCACAUGCUUUGGACAGUCACAGAAACACUGUGCGUUGUAUAGCAACAUGUGUUUCAGCACUUGAGAAAAACAUGUCAAGUAGAGUAUAGAAGAGACUUAUUUCCAAAGUUAAACAAAGUAAAAGAUUUCCCCAGUCAGGAAGAGACCAAUCCAAAACUAACCCUAGAAUAAACCAAGAAUCCAAAAAGAAACCUAUAUCCAAAUAUUAAAAGACUGUAAGUGGCUCAUUGUUCUCAGAUCAGCAGCUGACAAAUCUUACCCAAUCAGGACAUAUUCACUGACAGACAUGUUGAGUGUGGCUUAAAAAACAGAGUCAAAUGGGAAAUUUGUCAGUGCUCAUUAAAGGGCUGCACGAUGCUGGGAAAAUAUGCGAUAUUGUUGUUGAAUAUUGCAAUAACAACAUUUCAGUAAUGUAACAUUUCCCUACAGAAAUGCAAUUUUUAUUAGCUAUUUUUAAUAAUCUUUUAUUUAUGUAAUGAUCAUAUUAAAAUAAACAGGUAAUAAAUAUUUUUUCUGAUCUAAUUACAUGUAAUUCAGGCAUUAAAAAAUAUAUUUGUGUUAGGUGCAAACAUUUGGACUAUAAAACAUUGUGAAUGAAUGAAAACCUCAGCAGACGUUCUGAUUCUUAGUUGCCGUUGUGCUUUUCCUCACUUUUUUCUACUCCGUGGUGUUUAUUUCAGCUCUCCGCUCAGAGGAACUUAUGGGUUCACCUUUGUAUGUAUCUAAUUAUACAAAGGCUCUGAUCUGAUUUGUAAUUUGUAAUAAUUUCUAAUUAUACAAAGGCUCUGAUCUGAUUUGUCAAAUUUUUAUAACCAACCCACAGUAAUAAAAUAUAAAAUAGAUUUUACAAGUUUUUUGUGGCUAGAUAAUAGGGCUGCACUAUAUUGGAAAAAUCUAACAUUGCAAUAUUUUUUCAUUCUGCGAUAUAUAUGUUCCAAUAUUAACACAAUUAACUUAGAUCAGUUAAAUAACUAUUUGAAAAGAAUGUAUUAUUUUAAAUUGAUUGGGAUGAUUCUGUAUGGGAGAGCAUAAAUAUGAUAAUAAUAGAAAUAAAAUAUAAUAAACAAUUUACAAGCAUAGAUAGAAUCAAUAAAGAAAAAAGAUGCAAAUAAAAAAAAUUGUAUUUAUUAAAAAAGCAUUUUACUGUUUUCCAAGGAGUCGAACUGUAUUCAGGUAUACAGAAAUUGAAUAAUCAAAUGUAAAAUAAUACCACAUAGUCUUCAUUUUAUAAACAAUUCAAUAAAAUUAAUCGAUAAUUUGUCAAAGUUACAAAUGGUAGUCUCUUAUUCAACCCUCACAGUCACAGGCCCCAAAAAACACUUGCGAAAUAAUAAAUUAUAAUGCAGACUCAACAUUGCAUAUACUCGCGAUGUGACUAUUGCGAAUAAUCACAUUGUGAUAUCGACGCUGAAACUAUAUAUUGUGCGACCUUACUAGAUAAGGAUACACACACAAAGAGAAACAUUUAUAUUUACUGCAAUACAUUUAAUACAUUUAAUUAAAAUCUGAACACAAAGGGAAUACAGUGCCUUUUAAUGUCUUAUUACUCGUCAGUAUUUUAAUCUAUUACACAUAACGUAAAUGUUACAAAUAUUUGUGUAUUAAAAUGUGACAGAACUUUUUUCAGUUUAAUUUAACGCUCUACCUCAAUAAAUCUCUUUUAAAAA